AUGGACGGGUUCCUGCAAACCUCGCAGGGACCGAGCCGCGAGGCACACGGCUCCAAGAUGGCGCCCGUCUCCCCAGCCUCCUCCUGCUCGGAACCCGACCAGCCUACUCUGGCUGACAUAGGAGCUGAAAUCAGACGACUGGCAGCCAAUAUGGUAACCAAAGCCGACCUGCAGUCCCUCACAGCCACCCUCACGGCCUCCCUCACGUCAGCAGUCUCAGCACUGCGCACAGAUAUGGAGGCACAAGAUGGACGCAUCCAAAUGCUGGAAACACAGGCCCUAGAAUCACAACGCCGUGCAACUGCUGCUGACACAGCCUUGACAAGGCAGGGCAACAUGCUGCUGGCCCAGCGCAGGCAAAUAGAGGGCCUAGAUAACCGGAGCCGCCGCUCAAACAUCCGGGUAAGAGGGGUUCCAGAGGGUGAGGGGCAGGAAAAUGUAGAAGAGCUGCUCACCGCGCUCUUCCUCCAAAUCCUGGGACCUGACGCACCACCAAAUAUACGCUUUGAGCGUGCACAUAGGGCACUGAGACCCAGAAUCAGAGAUGGGGACCCCAGAGACAUUAUAUGCUGCUUGCACUCAUUUCCCCUUAAAGAUCGCAUAAUGCAACGGGCUAGGGCUCGACCCACGUGGCGUUAUCAAGAAACGGAAGUCUCCCUCUAUAAUGACCUCUCCCCUACCACGUUGGAGGCUAGACGCGCUCUUAGACCUAUCACUACAGCACUAAGGGAACGCAAUAUCCCGUACAAAUGGGGCUUCCCAUUUAGCAUCCAAGUGAGACACCAAAACGAAUGGGUCGUGGCGCGCUGGCCGGACGAAAUACCACGCUUUCUCCAACGGCUGGACCUCCCGCCCAUAGCUAUCCCAGACUGGAUCCUGGAACCACUGGACCGAGAACCCAGACCACAAAGACAACCAAGGCACUCACGGAGAGGCCCAAGGGAAAACCGCAUACACGAAGCACCUUCACACCCAUCUAACCCAGAAGAAUAGCCAAGCACCGAUGGCACCGGGCUCGUCUCUCUGUGACACCUAUGAUCAGGUUACCUGAAAAGAUGUAGACGCAACCGACGCCCCGCAGACAGAACUCAUUACCCACAACCCACUGACCCAAGGAGCCAACUCCGCACGCUACCUCUGGUGUGCGCACACCCAGCGACCCACACAAUCUAGAUGGGGACUAGGAGGGACAUAACAGGCUCUUGACCACAGGAGAUGGAACUGUUGGUACCAGUUCUACUAGGCCCCACCGGCCAAGAUACUCCCCACUUUAUACCCACCUUUCCAUAGCCUGUGGCACACGGGGUUGGCACUAUCACGAGACUCUCUUGGGAGGGGGGGAAGGCUUGUGAUAGCCACAUUGGGAACCCAGGGAAGCUGAAGAAUCACGAGUCGGAUCCCUUGGCUGGACUUGCCACCGCACCUACAAGGAACCGACAAAAGAAUAUGAUCCAGAACUGGAUACCUGCACUGGCAGAGACACGACACUCUGGAGGACUCGUGCUAACAGGUUCAGGGGGGAAUGAUGAACGCUGGGCUGGCUGCAUGUUGCGGACCUACGCUGGGUGCAGACAGGGGGGAGGGAUUUGUGGGACUGUAUUGGGCUGCAUGGGGGGUAGUUUAGAUCCAGCGAGACACUGAUUGUUGUAUUCCUAGGCCAACAGUUCAAACUGGUGGAGUGGGGGAGGAUACGGGAGAAUGGGAGGGUGGAAUUUAGAAUCCCUUAGCGUAGGACACCUGAUGCAGAUAGCUCAUGACCACAGCAGAUCUAGGUAGGAACCGCUAUACACGAUAUCACCCCGUCCCCCCCAGGCCUAGAUACGGUCACACACAGGUACACCAACAUGAGACGAGGGUGCUGCAAGAGGAAGAUGGGAACUAGGAGGUACACGAAGGGGAUCCAAUGCUGCAACUGAUGUAUAUAUGUUUUGUUCUGCGGUUUGGGUGGGGAGGGAAUGUACUGUGAGAUAUGAUGCACAUUUUGAAUUGUUCACCACAAUAUUGACCGGGACAGCUAUCUCAUUGAAAUUGGGGGAGAUGACACCACUUACCCCCAGAGCGAACCAAACAUCCCGCACAUUACGUGACAGUCAUGCCACACCAGGACUCUGCCCUACCCCAGACACAGGAAUUUGCCCCGAUCCGAUAUAGACCCUGACCCUGGCACCGACCAUACAGCCUAAAAACACUCCACCACUCGAUAGCACUACAUCAACCAAGGAUACGAAAAGCGACAAUACUAAUAACUGCUGAUACCACCAGACUAGACCCAUUACUCACACUAACGCUAACGACACUCAAAUGCUCCCACACUGGUGGCACACCCACUGGGUAAUCUCGGACUUAUAUACCUGUAACGACAAACAGUAGAUACACCGUACGUGGUGGGAACGCGCGAAGACUAGACCACUAACCCCCGCCAAGUCCGCGUGAACAAAUUCGAACCACGGAGAGUCGAUAGUUGGAGGUCGUUAGAUAUUCUCUGACAGACCCGACUACUGACUGCUACCGUGGUCACGCGAACCAACCCUCACAGGAGGGAUUUUUGACACCUACCUCUAGGUGCCGUACUGUCCCCCUCUGGGGACGGCUAACCUACCUCUACCUUCAUACCCCUGCCUAGGGGACUCUCUACAUCUUUUCUCAAACUCCACCCUACCUCAUCCCUCCCCAUACGACUCUGAUCCAACCGCCCCUACCCAACUUCUACACUACCGUCACCCCCCCCUGCCACCUCCGUGCCCACGGCAUUUCCUAAAAGAGACGGGGCAGCACCCGACACCAGGCACCGACUAGAAGAGUAAACAAAACGUUAAAGGACAUGGCGAACCACCCCCACCAAUCGCAAAUGGCCUACAAACCUGACCCUCUACGCAUCACAACCAUGAACUGCAGGGGCCUAAAUAUCCCGGAGCGCAGAUCGCACCUUCUCCGAGAGCUUACCUCUAAGCGCAUAUCGAUUGCUUUCCUACAGGAAACACAGUUUAAGGAAGGACAUGCUCCGCCGUUGAAGAGCAAACACUACCCCACUGCGGCUCUCAGCAACCACCCGACUGCACGUAAGGCUGGUGUAGCAGUUCUCACCCAUGCUCAACUACAGUUCCAGGAAGUGGAGCGACUGGUUGACCCUAAUGGCAGAUACCUGUUCAUUAAGGGAGACAUACAAAACCGUAGGUACACCCUCGUGACGAUAUACGCACCAAACAACAACCAAUCACACUUCAUACGUAAAUCUCUCUCCAACCUCUCCUCAUUCACGGAGGGCACGUUAAUCGUUGGAGGAGAUAUUAAUGUUCCCCUCAUCCCUCUCAUAGAUUCAUCCACGGGACAUAGCAGCAUCACCCAAGGAACCAUCCGAAGCAUUCAAAAAACACUAAAGAACCUUAGGCUGGUGGAUUGCUGGCGAGCGAUGCACCCGGCAGACAGGGAAUACACUCACUACUCGGUGAUACAUAAGCGAUACGCAAGGAUUGACUACAUUUUCCUUCAACAGGAACAUCUUGACGCUAUCCAAACAGCAGAAAUCGGAACAGCAAGCUGGUCGGAUCAUGGUCCUGUGACCCUGCAAAUGGACUCCCCUAGGGUACGCCCAACCACUAGGUCGUGGCGACUCCAGGACUCAUUACUCUUGGACCCAUCAGUGAAGGAAAAGGUUUCCGAGGAACUCACCUCCUAUUUCACACUGAAUGAGACAGGUGAUCUUCCCGCGACCACGAUAUGGGAAGCGCACAAAAGUGUGCUCAGAGGGACACUGAUGCGCCUAGCUUCUCAGAAGAAGAGAGAAUCUCGGAAACAUAUAACAGACCUGCUAACGCGCAUAACUACGCUUGAACUGCAACAUAAACGUUCACAACUCGAGGGGACGUAUAAAGAAUUAUUGGAAGCUCGAAGAUCUCUACAUACACACAUGACGAAACGACACUAUAGCUCCAUACAACGAUCGAAGGCCUUCUUUUACCAACACGCCAACAAAGGAGGGCGACUGCUGGCCAGAAUGCUUAGAGGCCCCCAAGGCAUGACCCAGGUACAUAAACUACGGACAUCAGAUGGCACGAUCACACAAUUCCCGGACAAAAUAGCAUCCGAGUUUCGCACAUUUUACGCCUCGUUAUACAACAUCCCGGGACCCACACUACCGGAGGAGGUAACACUCAGACGGGAUAGAAUAAGGAGUUAUAUCGAAUCACACAUGAAGACGAGGUUGCAGCAAGGGGAAUCGGAGUCCCUGAUAUACCGAUUACGGAGGCAGAAGUUGCAGGGGCACUCAAGACCGCCAAAACGGGACGGGCCCCAGGUCCUGAUGGCUUUACCUUGGACUACUAUAAAAAGUUCCGAACCCUACUGCUCCCGAGACUCACCAACUCAUUUAACGCUUUGAUAGACGGCGCCCGACUCGGACCCGAAUCAUUAGCGGCAACUAUAACGGUUCUCCCGAAACCUGGGAAGGAUCCCGAACUCUGCAGUAGCUAUAGACCGAUAUCACUGCUAAAUGUGGACGUGAAACUCCUCACUAAAAUACUAUCCACCAGAAUAGGGAAAAUGCUUCCGAGAUUGGUCCACCCAGACCAGACGGGGUUCAUCCCAGGGAGAGAAGCCAGGGACAGCACUCUUAGAGUGCAGGCCAUCCAUCACCUGGCAAAGAAAUCAACAGAUAAGCUCCUUCUAUUGUCAACGGAUGCGGAAAAAGCAUUUGACCGGGUUGACUGGACAUUCCUUAUGACCACGCUACGGGAAAUGGGCUUCGGAGAGAACAUGAUGAAAUGGAUUGAUGCGAUCUACCACUGCCCCAAUGCGAAGGUGAGAGUGAACGGAGCGCUUACCGACUCCUUCCAGAUCCACAAUGGGACAAGACAGGGAUGCCCACUCUCCCCCAUGCUCUUCGCCCUAGCUCUCGAACCGUUCCUGGAAGCGGUGCGCACAUCGGAUACAAUCAAAGGCUUCAAAAGCGGGGACACAACACACAAAGUAGCAGCAUACGCAGAUGACCUCUUAUUUUUUAUCACGGAACCGGAGGCAACAAUGCCACACUUAGUCACUAUGAUCACGGAUUACGGGGAGGUCUCAGGAUUCAAACUGAACAUGAAUAAAUGUGAAGUGCUUAACAUUACCACCCCAACGGCCCAAACAUCCACACUGAAGAACCAAUUUCCGUUUAGAUGGUGCGCAAACCAUAUGCGGUAUCUAGGUAUCGCAAUAACCAGAGACCUGGACGACAUGUAUCGUACAAACUUCCUACCACUACUACAACGAAUCCAACAAGAUUUGAAAACGUGGACAUAUCCACACAUCUCCUGGUUAGGCCGGAUCGCAAUACUUAAGAUGAAUAUUCUACCACGGCUGUUAUAUUUAUACCAGACGAUUCCACAAGCUUUACCGACGGCAUAUUUCGCGUCACUACGUUCCGCGAUGGUGAAGUUCAUCUGGCAUGGGAAACAGGCAAGACUACGACAGGAAGUCCUCUGCCUACCCCGAGCAUGGGGGGGAUUGGCACUCCCUGACCUCCGCAAAUACCACCACGCGACAGUACUACAACGCGUCCUUGAAUGGCAUACCCAACCGGAACAUAAACAAUGGAUCGAAUUGGACAAACAACAUAUAGGCCCCUCCUUCUUGACAUCAGUGUGGAAUACGAAGAAGAUGCCGCAGACGAAUUUGGAACCAUCCUCUACCGUGGCACAGACACUGAAAACGUGGGACUAUAUCAGAAAAGCUACUCAUGUCUCUCCAGCACCGAGCCCGAUGAUCCAGAUACAAUACAACCCCCAGAUAGGGGGAGGACUACCACGGACAGCAUGGUCCUUCCUGGGAGAGAGGGAAUCACACCCCAUACAUAAGGUGUUGACUAACGCAGAUAUGAUCCCCCUGAGGGACCUAAUAGAGGGUGACCAACCCACUAGCCUACAGACCCUCCGUUAUAUACAACUCAGAACAUAUUACCGGACACUUCCAGACAAGGAAAAGUUACACAGGGACUUGACAUGGUUCGAAACGCUCUGCGAUCACAAGACUACUCUAGGUAAAGCGAUAUCCCUGCUAUACCAACACGUACUCGUAGGGCACCUCACUAACAACGACCAAUUCCGCAGACGCUGGGAACGCAUGCUAAAUACAUCUUUCACCACAUCCCAAUGGGAAAAGAUCCUCAUAUUACACCAUAAAUGCUCAUCGAGCUCCCAAUAUCAAGAAACCAACUAUAAACUUCUCUCAUUCUGGUACAGAACACCCGACAGUCUACACAGGAUCUUCCCGAAUGUACCUGACAUAUGCUGGAGAUGCGGAGAUGAACGUGGUUCGCCACUGCACAUAUGGUGGGAAUGCUCGCUCAUUAAGCCAUUCUGGGACGAAGUUCUACAGAAAAUAAGGGAUCUCACAGGGACGGAAGGAAACCUCAACGCAGAGGCAGUCCUCCUACACUCAACAUCGGAUCCCAUAAGCACAUACAGGAAAAACAUUCGUAGACACCUAAUCAACGCAGCCAAGGCACUAAUUCCAUUAUACUGGAAACAAACGUUUACCCCGACGAUAAGACAAUGGUUGGAACGGGUGGAAGAAAUAUAUAGAGCGGAAUUAAUACAGGCUACACUACGAGGACUAGAAGACAAGCAUUUGGAGAGGUGGCGCCCGUGGCUACUCUACAUAGCAGACCGAAACACAGAUAGCAACGGCCGUUCGCAACCCCAAGGAGCCCCAGGACCACCCACAGACGGGGACUGAUGCCUGGUCCGAUACAUACUACGCCGUGGUCACGGAUGACGGGACCACCUCUCCCUUCAUACUCCCCUAUCCCCCCUCACCCAGCUCUCCCCUCCUCUUCCCCCCCUCCUUUUCUCUUACUUCUUCCUCAAUUAACACUCAUCUUCUCUUUAAAACUCCCCAACAAUAGCUUCAUUAUAAGUUAUAUGAUAAACGUAGCCCGCCUUAAUCUGAGAUUGCCCACAAUUGUGUCACUCACUCACAUUUGCACGUCAAAAUGUACGCAAACAUCCUCAUCACGCAACUAUACGACACGAGUAAGACAAGUCCCUGAACGACAUCUGACAUGACGACGGACCAAUAGACCUCACUACCCCAAAGAGAAUGAGGCUUAAGGGUGAUAAGGUAAUACUAGAGGAUCACAUAAAACAGACGCAAGGCACAAACUUAUGAAUAUCCCUCUAUUCAAGCCGCAUUCCGAUCACUCAUAUGUAUGUCUUAACGUGUUAAACGUGACCAAAUGUCAUAUAGAAAUACUAAGUAACAUUGUUUGAGUGUUGUCUGCACACUUAAUGUUGGGACCUGCGAGUCCGUUAUUUGUUAUUUACUUGUUCAAUCAACUGAUACUUGCUAAUGUACACGGAUCAGGGCAUACCCUGAAAUGCUUAUGUUUGAAUAAAGCCUUUUUUGAAAAAAAAAAAAAAAAAAAGUACAUAGACUGUACAUAAUUUGUUACAUAAUCAGAAAGUACACAAAAACAGGAUUAGAAAAAAAAAUGUAACAAUGAAUCCAAUUUAUACAUGAGAAAAAACGUAAACGUUUAAACAAAAGAAGACAUGGCUUAUAUAAUGUUACAUGUAAUAAAUAAUACAUCCUGAUUGGAAAAAAGAUUUAUUUUUAUUAUGCCACGUUUAAGAAUGUUUUUUCUUCUACCGGAGGUGUGAAAAAACGUUGAGUGAUCACAAUCUUUACAUGUUCCGAUUGCAAUUUUUAAAAAAUUUUUUAUUAUUAUUUAUUUUAAAAUUCUAAACGGGAAUCAAUACAAAAAAAAAAAACGAAUUAAAAAGGAAAAAGAUAAGGCCUUUAGUAAAAAUGUUCGGCAGUAAAACAAAGAGGAAAAUUACACUACAUAAUAAUGCAAGAACUAUAAAAUAGUUAAACUGUUAACAUGAUGAUAUUAUAAUAAUAUAUAUAUACACACACACACGCAAAACAGGCUUGUUUAAAAAAAACAAAACAAAAAAAAAAACUAACCGGGUAAAUUUAUAAAUUGGUCAAUACAGAAAAUAUAGUAGAUUGUCAACAAGGCUUGGCUUACAUCUAUACACAGUCAUAUUUAUAUAUAUAUAUACGGGUUACAUUUAACGCACUAACUUUUAGUAGGGUAAGAGAACGUAAAACACUUAUAUUGCCGUAUGCAUCGAGUAGGUUUCCUUAUCCAGACAGAUCUCAAAUGCUCUGUACAGGAACGACAAUUAUCUUCUUGAGUUUUGAGGUCUACAUUAAAUACGGUUAGCACCUAAGCCAUCUUGGCAAUAGUUAUCCAUUAUCUACACCUAUUCUAACAUACCAUUUUUGCACUUGUGCCUGUUUUGCAUUUUAAAUAAAGUUUCUUGUUGUUUUAAAGUACUUAUUUAAUUAUGUUGUGCUCUUUCCCCCUUUUUUAUGUUGAACAUUUUUAUAGGUGUUUGCUUAGGUACGAAAUUGUAGAAUAGGUGUGGUUUUGACACCACACUAGUUAAAAAGGAUUUUAAGUGUUUCAUUCUGUAAAAAAAAGGGUUGCACUGUGACAUUCUCCAUGUUAAACCAGGAGAUUUGGGAUUGGUCCUUACCAAAGUACAACACUGCUCACAGACCAUCAAUUUACUGUACAACGUGCUAUAGACUAGGCAGUGUAGCUAAUAAACCGUUUUAAAGAAACGAUCAAACACUUGCUGGGUUUAUGGCUUUCUUUUCUUUGUUAGAACAGGACAUAACAUUAGACUGGAAUAGUACAAACGUUAAUCAUCUGAGAAAUUAUAAAUAUACCGUAUGUACACCACCCAAAUGGAGCCAGUUUUAAAAAUGGUAGGGAGAUGGUCCAGCUGGUUCCAGACUCCGUAAAUGCAUUCUAAGGAUUGUUUAAAGACUAAAGGUUGGGAAUCCUUACAGUUUUGUACCAGUUUAUUCCUGCGACAAGAUUAUUUAUUUGUUGGUGUUCUAAGACUGUACAAAUAUAAUAAAAAAAAACACCUUG